CUUAUAUUCGACAAAGCUGUUACGAUGGCAACUACCCUUGUGGCCAAAUAUACAUUUGAACAUAUAGUUAUUUUACGUAUCGAGUUAUUAUUUGUCUCUGCACAGUUGUUGUAUACACUUUAAUUAGAUGUGAUAUGAGUUAUAUAAAAUAUAAAUAUUUUUUGAUUUCAUUUGCGAAGAAUGUACUUAAACACAAAUCAUACGAUUCACCAAAUAAUCAAAUAAAUACGUUAAUCUUAUUUGUUUUACAUUACUUAGUGAAAAACAUAUUAUAUCAUAAGAUUUAUUUGUCUUAUUUGUAUUUUCUGAUUUUUUUAACAUAAUUUUAAAAUAUAUUGUUUUUUUUAACCAUAUACAUUGUACAUUAAUGGCACAAUAAGCGUGAGUGCUAUUAAAAUAAUAAAAAGACACUUUUCUUAUUUUUUGAAGAAACCAUCCAGCAACAAAACUUUGGUGGUAAAUAUUUAUAACUGAUUAUAAUAGAAAAUAUGUCAUCGAAAAAGAAAAUCAAUUCAUUAUCAAAGACUAAUAACGAACAUUCAAUGGAACAAACCACUUCAAUUGAUUUAAAUAAUUUUAAUACUGAGACAGCUGAAAUUCACACGGAUGAUUUAAAAAUUGUGUUCAUACCUAAAACUUUACACGAACAUUUUGAAUGUGUCAUAGGAAAACAUGUUUUCAUAGAUAAACCGUGGACAAAAAUAUCUCGUAAAAAAAUUAUUGAUAAUUUACAAUCGCAAAAUACGGAUUCAUGUUUUUGGCAAUUUCAAAAUGAAAUUGAAGCCAUUACAAAUGAUUACGUUUUAGUUGGGUAUAAACCCUUUAGUAGUACCGAUGAGGAAUUUUUAAUAUGCACUACGGAUAAAGCUAAACAGUUUAUCGAAGAAACGCAAGUCCAAAUAGAAGGUAAAAUUAAAAAAAAAUUUGAGCGGUCAAUAUGUCGUAUACCGGGUCCUUGGGAAUCCAAAAGCAGCGAUAAAGACAUCGAAGAAAUAAAACCAGUACAAACACGUGAAAAGAUAACUUACAAAUGGAAACUUCCGGCAGAGAGACUUCAAGCUGAAGCAGAAUUUGAGGACUCGCUAUCAAAAUCUGUAAAAAAUGAGUAUGUGAAAUUAGAACCACGUCCAAAAGAAAUAUUCAAAAGUAGUGAUGCUUUAACAAUGGAUUCAAGUGUUCAAGCUGUCAGACAAAUGGUCAAUAGAGAAAUGCAGACAAUUCCAAGAAUUAAAUAUAAUAAAUGUAUUCAGUCAGUUGCCGUUGAAGAGGACAUGUUUCAAUUACAACCUCAAAUUACAUCAGAAAAAGCUCUUGAUGAAUUUUUAAGCAAACACGUUCCUAAUUUAGUGAAUCAGUUACAUUACAAUGAGUUAUACGAUUUAUACCGCGAUGACUAUAAACUUUUAAAAAAUGAAAAUGAAAACGAAAUCGAACAAACCUCCAAAGUUAUAAAACUUCUACCCGGAUAUCAGAAUGAAGUAUCCAAAAAAAGAUAUGUAUCUUGUCAAACUUGGCAUCCUACAAUAGCGGGUAUUUUUGCAGUAUCGUACAUGAUCAAUAGUAAUGAGUUAUAUAAGACAGUGAGUUUAGAAACACCCGAUGAAAAAAUUACCAAGUCGACGGUUAAAGACGAAAAAUACGGUAUAUCCUACAGCGAUGAUGAUAUCGACACAGAUUCUUACAGUAACCGACCAGAAGCUAAACUUUUAGAUGAGAAUUAUAAAGAAAAAAUAAUUUCUUUGUUAAAUAAAGAAUUUGUACAGAGGAUGAGGAUAAUCCAAUUAACCGAGGAUGAAAAAAAUAAUCAACAAUAUAGCCAUGACAUUAGUAAAGAGUUACGAAAAUCUUUAAUUUAUGUUCCUCAUGAACAGAUUUCCACGUACAAUGAUCUUCCACUUGUAAAUUCAAAUAAAAGAGCUUCAAUUGAUGAAGAAAUAAUUAUCAAAGAAGCUCAAAGUGAACUAACUAGUAUUGAUGUUUUGCCAAGUGUAAAUAAACAGUACCAAUAUUUGUACAACGAGCUUUCCACGGAUGAAAAUGAAUAUGAAGCACAAAAUAUUAAGAUGCAUGACAGGAAAAAAUCUACGAAUAUGAUGUGUAUUAUAGACAAGAAUGAGUGUAAAAAUGAUAUGGACGUAAUAGAUCAUCAUGAUUCUGAUACAGAGAGCUUUUACAAUAUUUGGGGUGAAGAUGAAGAAUGGUUGUAUGAUAACAAACUAAGGAACACUGUUAGAAAUAUACAUAGGGAAUUUAAUAAAAAAUAUGACCGAGAAGCAAGAGAAGAAAAAUUGUUCAGACUUUUAAAAUCCGAAGCCAAGUUCACUGAAAAAAAAAAUAAACUUGAUAAUAUGGAGAAAGAGAGAAUGAAAUUAACCAAAGACAUGUUUGAAGCUGGAGAUACGUGUCAAAAAUUAAAAUAUCAACUAGAAUUUAAAAGUAGAAAGAGAAGAAAAUCUUCAUCAAAACAUAAAUCAUUAACAAACGAUGAAGUACCAAAGAAUAAACUUGAAAAUAUACCAAUAAUAGAUGAUCAUAAUAACUCUGUCUUCAUUUGGUCAAUUAGUGACAAUAUUUUUCCAAAGUUGAGAUUGGAGAGUGCCAAAGAAGUGCGUUGUAUUGAAUUUAACCCUAGACACGGCAAUACUGUUGUAGGCGGAUUAAAAAAUGGGCAGAUUAGCAUAUGGGACAUUAAAGGGAAAUUGGAGAUGACAGGUUUAAAUGAUUUAAAUAUGUCAGAAAAAGAAAAAAUACAUCGCAAACACCUGUGGGAACACAUGAAAUGGUCAUUAGACGUUGAGUUUGAAACUAGAAUUAAACCAGCAGCACUAAGUGCGAUUUUAGAAUCUCAUCUAUCAACAGUGACUGCAAUUCAAUGGAUUCAUCCUAUGAAUAAAAUAACACCAUUAGGAAAAUUUAUAAACGUUCAAGAAGGACAAUUUUCUGAUCAAUUUUUUUCUGCUUCUAUGGAUGGAACUAUAAAACUUUGGGACUUGGAUUCGACACCAAUUCCCAGAAUUAUUAAAAAAUAUUCAACUAACACUAGCAUCAAGCAUCCAGAAAAGCUAAACAACUAUAGAUCACCAUUGAGCAUUUAUAACAACCGUUUAAAACCUUCGUAUACGAUCAUUAUCAGAGAACUAGACAAGACAAUACACAGUCCAAUUACGGCGUUUUCUUUUGAAAUACCUUUAAUGCAUUAUAAUUAUACAUCUGAUCAACCACUGAGUAUCGGACAACGACAGUUUGAAUAUGUGCCAACAAAAUCGAAUGAUCCAAACCGUUUAUUGGUUGUUGGUAGUAUUAUGGGUCAAAUUGGAGUUGUCACUUGGAAUGGUUAUGAUACACACCAGCAGGGUCGAAAUAGUGAAGAGUGCAAAAGUAUUUGGUGGGGACAAGUGCACGAUGGACCAAUCAACUACAUUAAGAGAAAUGUAUUUUAUCCAGAUAUUCAUUUAGUCUGUGGCGGACACGUAGUAUCUAUUUGGAGUCUGAGUUAUAAAGGUGGUCCAGUUUGGUGGAAGCGUUUCAACGAUUUAACAAACAGCGUUUUAUGGUCUACUAUUCAUCCUGCAGAAUUUCGAGUGUCUUUUAAUACCGAUGGAGUUUUACAAUUUUGGAAUUUCAUGAAACAUACUCACAAGCCUUACUAUACAACAGAUAUUUUUCUCAGUGAUGGACUAAUAGCAACAUUAUCAGCUCCAUAUUCACCAAUACAUUUCAUUGAUACCAAACGGUUAAUAUUUAAUGAAGGUAUACACGAAGUAUUAAAUUAUAAAAAAAACGAAUUGAUCAGCUUUUCGGAUGCUAGUGGGACAAUUAUGAUGAUGACCACAGAUGCCGUGGUAAUGGAAUCAAAUACAAUAGAAGAGGUUGGACGAGUAUUUCAAAAGGAGGUGGUUUGGAGAAAAGAAUUGGAUGCAUGGAACAGUAAGUGUAAAGAAGAAUUCAGAUCGAUGGCAGAACACGAUGAGAAUAUUCGAGAUUAUAGGAAAAUUAAGUCACAUGUACCAGACUCGGUUCAUAGUGACAACAUUCAACCAACAUUGUCACAAGAACAAAUAAAAAAAAAAAUUUUUGAUGAAAUUUAUAAUUGGUGUCUUAACCGAAAAGGACCACAAACACGUUUGGGUAAAAUGAGAGACAAAUAUUUACAACGAGAAAGGCGACACAUGAUUGAGGCCAUGAUGAAAAAAAAAAAUAUUGAUCAAAAACAGUUAGAAGAAUAUUUUAAAGCAAUCGAGGAUAACAAGUAUGACAAAGAUGAUAUUACAAAUAUGAAAUUCGAAGCCAAUGAAUCUUAUAGAGACAUCGUCAACAAAAUAUUAUCUGCAGAACAAACAAAAGAAUAUAUGUUAGAUAUUAAUUCAAAAAGUGACGAGUCGAUUGACAUGAAGAAAAUAGUUGAACACAUUCAAAAACUGUUGGUGACUGAUAUUGUAAUUGAAAAAGAAAAGCUAAGUAAUUAUAUAAAAAAUAAUCCAUUUAAAGCUGAUCAAGAAGACUGGGCCCAAGUAAUCGAAUUCGCAGAAAAAAACGUUAGAGAUAGAUUAAACGAUCCAACUCUCUUAAAAAGUCCAGCAUUACGUUUGAUGCGUCGGGAAUGGGCUAAAAAAUACAUUAACGAAGGUUAUAAAAUUAAAGAAUGGAAGACUCGGAAAGAUGAACACGAGUGCGAUCGAUACAAUAUAAGGAACAAAAAUAUAGACAUAUUAAGAACUAUGUAUGGAAAAAGUUACAAUCCGUUCUGGGAUAAGGACUUGCGACCACAGAAAAUGAGAGAUGCCGUCCGGAUGCGAUUAACCGAGGCAGUGGAUAACAGCGAUGGAAGAUUGCAGGAAAAUUAUUUUGAAGGAAAAUGCGGCGAAGACAAUAACUGUUAUACCAAUUAUUUAUCAUUAAUGGGCCAAAGACCCAUGUCCAGUUUUUCCGAAGAUUAUUCGGGUGUCUCUGAAAAAGAAAUAUCGGUAGACAAUGACGACGAAAACGAAACACACGCUAUUGAAUUUUAUAGUUUCAAUAGAAAUAAUGAUAAAGCAAAAACUAAAGAUCCAUAUAAAAAUCAACGGUUGUACAGUGAAUGCGACGAGAAUCAAGAUUUAGAAACAGUUGAUGAACAAGAUCACGAAGAUGAAAUAUAAUUAUUAAUAGCUUUGAACGCAUUCAAUGAAAAUUGAAAACGAUAAUUUAAGUAAUACUAUAUUAAAUAAUUUUAUACUAAACAUUAUGAAUGUACGUCUUAAAAAAAUUAUUAAUUUACUAUUUUUAUUUAAAAAAAUACUUUUUGAGUAUAGGUACCUAUUAAAAUAAUUUAUAGUUGUUUACUUUAUACACUCAUAGUAUAAUAAUAUAGCAUGUUGAUUUAUAUUU